CUACCAUGACCUUGGGGAAGAACCAUUUCAUUGGUUAUUUGAGUAAAUUUGUUUCAUUUGGUUAUUUUUUCUGUACUGUGAAAAGCUAUCUCUAAGCUCUUGCAAAGGUAACACUCCUUUAUGCUGUAAGCUCUUCUGUCAUAUGUUCCCAAGUUUAUAAAAACUCUGUGAUUUCUUUGUUAGGGGUCCUGACUUUUUGUUAGUUCAGAAUUCACGGAGUUCGUGCCAAAUAACCUUUAUAUUUUCACCUCAAGUGGUCUCCAGUUGCUGCAGUUCCACAAUAGAUGUAUAUUGGAAAGUUGCUUAUAAUGGCAUUUUCUUCGUUUGGCAAAACACAGUUUUUGGAUGAAAUUUUCCUUUAACUCAUAGAAAAGUCAUAUGUACAAUUGAGGCAUCUUCUAUUUUUUCAUUAUAGGACUGGAUUAUUUUAUGACUUCCAGCAAAUUGGGUAAAUAAUACUCAGCCGGGAUAUAUGAGAGUUUGUAGCAUUUUUGUCUGCAACAUGAAAUAGCGAUGCUUCUAAUUUGACUCAAACUCAUGCACUUAAAUCAACAUAUUUGUUAAUAAACUUCAAAAACGGUCAGCUAACAGCAGGGCCGGAUUUAUAUAGUGGGCGCCCCUAGGCCCACUGUUGUCCGUCUCCCCUGUCCCCUCCCCUUUAUUCGUGCAAAUUUUCAUCAUCGGGACCAGAGUAAUGGGGAUUGGAGUACUGGGAAUUUAAGAAGUGAUUGUAUCUCCAGCACAUCCCUAGUGUUCUUGAAGCAAUGAGGGUGUGGUUGGCAGCAUGCCGCCGCCCUAAAAUCCUGCCGCCCUAGGCCCGGGCCUAGGUGGCCUUUCCACAAAUCCGGGCCUGGCUAACAGUGGUGUCUCUUUUCUUUAAGGGAAGCCUUCGCUGCAGUACCUGCGAAGGCGAAACGGAAAGAGAGCAGCAGCGAUGGGGUGAAGUCACCGGAAAAAAUGAAAAAACAAGCCUCCAAUGCAGGAGAAGAUAGAGCAAUGCUGCUGGGCUUCACUAUGAUGGGACUUUCAGUGCUCAUGUUCUUCUUACUGGGCAUCACAAUUCUAAAGCCAUUCAUGCUCAGUGUCUGGAAUGAAGAAUCGAACUGCACAAUUGUCCAGGCUGAUAUCAUGGAAGACUGGGUCGACUGUUCGUUUACAUGUGGUGUAGAUUGCCACGGCCAAUCAAAGUAUCCCUGCCUCCAGGUAUUGGUGAAUGUGUCUCUUUCCGGCCAGACGGCUGUCCUGCAUUACAAUGAAGAAGCAGUACAAAUAAACCCAAAAGUAAGUCAUUAAACGAAUGGUGGGAUUUUCCCGUUUUGAAGGAAAUCGAGAUUAUAACAUUUAUUUUAUAGCAAAGAAAAUUGUACAUUAGUGCUAAAUCUAUGACCUUCUGGGGGGUGGCUGUGUCUUCUUUGAUUACUUUACAUAGAAUAAUGCAAAUUAGUUGAGUAACAAUAAUCCCACUUGUGCAUAUUAAAUUUAAAUUCAAAUUAAAAGGAUAACUUUAGGCUCUUUCCUUUAAAAUAUUUGCCAUAUGUUAUAGCACAAUUACAUACAUUUUAUGGGCAUUAGUUAUUGUAUUUACAGAUAUGGGGCCUGUGUUUCUGGAUUUUCUAUUAUUUGGAUCUCCAUAUCUUAAGUCUUCUAAAAAAAUAAUUUAACCAUAAAUU